CUGGAGAUGCUUGUGUGAAUGUUCUCAAAUGUGAGAUGAACAAGUUCUAAGAAGGACAGGCAGCAGAAGACAAAGAAAGUGGGUGGAGAAAAGGGAUUAAAAACACAUGCAAAAAGGAACAAAACUAGCGACUGAACGUAACGAGGAAAAUAAAAGAAGCAGCAGAGGAUUGCAAAAGUGAACACCAACAGAGACCUUGACAGACUGCGCAAGUCCGGAAGCUUGGACUACAGCCCCCAGAGUUAUUUGCAGCUCCGAGGGCCAAGACUUCAGUCUCCUAGGCAACGCGUAUAAACAAGAUGGCGGGCUUGGAGAGAAAUCCCUCGAGAUGGAAAGGGAGCCGUUUCAGGCGGGGUUUGGGUGCCUCUCGCAUUGUAGCCCAGGCGAUACUGUCGCUCACAGAGAAAGAACGUCAGAAACGUUGGCCUACUUUCCCCAUGGGAUUGAAAUCAAAAGGGACUUUCAGAAGCGCCUCCUCUUACCUCCUCCACCAGCUCGUUCACCGCUCUCAUGAGGCAGAAGAGGACCAAGAGGAGCAGGAGGUGGAAGGAGAAUCCGAAGAGUCAGAGGAGUCCGAAAUGCAGAAUUUGGAGGACGAGUGUGAUGGGAUCCUGAGAGAGGAGAACGUGGCUGAGGCACUCAAUGGAUUGGGGUGGUCAGGCUGUGGCACGGAGCAGGUCUACCUCAACCUGAAUCUAUCUCACUGUGAGUUGGUCGACAUCAGCAUUCUGUGCGGCUAUGUUCACCUGCAGAAGUUGAAUCUUUCGGGAAACAGAAUCGAAGAUUUGUCCUGUGUGAGCUGCAUGCCGUAUCUCCUAGAACUAAAUGCUUCUCAGAAUAAGCUGACUACCUUCUUCAAUUUCAAACCACCCCAAAAUCUCAAGAAGGUGGAUUUUUCCUCCAAUCAGAUUUCCGAAAUGUAUGACCUGUCAGCGUACCAUAAUCUCACUCAGCUAAUUUUGGACACAACUCCCAAGACCUCAGAAAGAACAAGAAACGAUAAUGUUAGGAGGAAGGGCAAGCAGCAUUCCAUGAAGGGCCUGAAAAGCAACAACCAGAUUGAGACCAUCACCGGUCUGGAAGAGCUGAAAGCCUUGCAGAACCUGGAUCUGUCCCACAAUCAGAUCAGUAGCCUCCAGGGCUUAGAGAACCAUGACCUCCUGGAAGUGAUUAACCUUGAGGAUAACAAGAUUAAGGAACUGAGUGAAAUAGAAUACAUUGAGAAUCUUCCUAUCCUUCGAGUUCUCAAUCUACUAAGGAAUCCAAUUCAGACCAAGCCCGAGUACUGGCUCUUCGUAAUAUAUAUGCUGCUGCGACUGACAGAAUUAGAUCAGCAGAAGAUUAAGGUGGAAGAAAAGGUUAUUGCAAUGAAUAAGUAUGACCCUCCCCCUGAGGUGGUCGCUGUCCAAGAUCACAUGACCCAUGUUGUCAACAGCAUGUCGCAGCCACAGAGGAUCUGGGACAGCACUCUGCCAAGUCUGGAUGCCCCUUAUCCCAUGCUCAUACUAACGGGGCCUGCAGCCUGCGGGAAACGAGAGCUUGCCCACCGCCUCUGCAGGCAGUUCAGUACUUACUUCAGAUACGGGGCCUGCCACACCACAAGACCACCAUACUUUGGUGAAGGGGAUCGAGUUGAUUAUCACUUUAUUUCCCAAGAGACUUUUGAUGACCUGCUGAGCAUGGGGAAAUUUAUUUUAACAUUUAAUUAUGGCAACCACAAUUAUGGAUUAAAUAGGGACACGAUAGAAGGUAUUGCAAGAGAGGGAUUAGCAAGCUGCGUUCAUAUGGAAUUAGAAGGUGUAAGAAGUUUGAAGUAUUCCUAUUUUGAGCCUCGAUAUAUCUUGGUGGUGCCUAUGGACAAGGAAAAAUAUGAAGGGUACUUGCGGAGGAAGGGACUGUUCAGUCGUGCAGAAAUCGAAAUUGCUGUCUCCAGGGUGGACCUCUAUGUUAAAGUUAACCAGAAAUUUCCAGGAUAUUUUGAUGCAGUAAUCAAUGCAGAUGACCUGGACAUUGCCUACCAAAAGCUCAGUGAGCUCAUUAGAGAAUACCUGGGGUUGACUGAAACAGCUGCUAAGGGCUUGGCUCCAACUGCAGAUAUUAAGACUUCUUACCUGAAAUGCGAAGACUUUUCUAGAAGGACCAGCACGGUUGACUUCUUGGAUUCAACAGACAGAAACUACUUUACUAAAUUAUGGGCCAAACUUUCAUCCAAAAAGUCACCACUGGAAAGAGACUCUCUCCAAAGACAGCAUGAGACAGCUCGGCAGGCACUCAUGGGGAAGACGCCCCGUGAUCACACGCUCCUGUUUCAAAGGGGUCCAGUACCGAUACCUACUGUCAGUGGCCACCAGUAUUUUGCAACAAUUGAUGAACUACAGAAAACGUUUGAGCUCUGUGAAGAUCACUUUAAAACCCCCUUUGGACCAUACCCUGAAACAAGAAAGGAUUCCAGUGUUUCUAAGAGAUAUUCUACAUUAUUUCACGCUUCUCCAUGGUCCAAAGAAUUUCCCUUUCAGCUUCCAGAGGGCGGGGUUUCGUCGCGCCCAGGAUCGGCAGGAAGUGACGAAAUCGAUGGGGCCUUGAAAGCUCUUCGUGUAGAAUCACCUAUGCAGGAAAAAGUAGCCCAGAACAAAAGACUAUCUGCAAUUGCAGCAACUUACCCGGGUUCCAACACCAAACCCACCCUUCCUCCAAUCCCACACGGCCGCAGAUAGACCAGCACUGUGAUUUCGGAUCUCGGUGAACAGACCAGCGUUGUUGACAUCUGAUCUAAACAUGAAAAAGGAAACCCUUGUUCUCACAGAGUUCAGCCCUUCCAUCUGAUCUGCGGAUCUCAGCUGUUUCUCAUGCACACAACUCAUGACCAAAGAAAGAUUCUAAGUCUCUUGAUCAAUUUACAUUGUGAUUCUCUGAAGAGCAUCUUUUAUUGAUUUUUGUUUUCCAUGUUAGUUAUUCUUAGCUUUGAAAAAUGUCAUUUGAGUUUUUCCUCUUCCUCCAACUGAUUUUCCCAGUGGAUUCCUGUUCUGAGAUCUCAAAUACCGGAAAUCUCCCUACAUUUUUCAUUUUAUGCACAGCGGGUUCUUUGGGUUUAUUUAACUGGAUUUUAUGGUUCAGAUUUCCAGGACUAUGAUGAUUCACCCAAAAUAUUAAUGUUUUUAUUCUAAUUAUGAAAACAUGGUAGAGCACCAUUUAACUUGUGACCAACCUGAUAUCAACUGCAUCUCUCAAAGAGAAUGAAUAUAAUUUGGGGAAGCUCUUUAGUACCACUAAGAAAUAAAAAAAUAUAUAAUAUUUCCUUUUCA